AUGAUUCUACGUUGUUUUGCAAUGUACACUUAGGCACUGAUGACGGUGGGACGCAAAAUGUGGAUGAAUUCGGACGCGCAAUUUCUGCAGGUUCACUGGUUAAUGAUGUCAUUCGUCAGAAUCGCAGACAGCAACGUGAUCGAAGAAGGGCGUUAAGGUUACAAAACCGGAUGAAAAUUACAGAUGAAGAAGAAGGAUUCUCAACGGAUGACGAGUUAGGGGAGGCGGAUAUGAAAGAGUUUCUAUCCAAAUUAGAUGAAAUCUCUUAUUACCGUACAAAGUUAUUCGAAAAUGUUGUUGAUGAAUUUAAAUCUAUGACUUUGGUAAAAUCGAAAUUUGACAGGUGGAAAAGAGAAUUCCACGAUGAUUAUUCUAAGGCGUACGGUGAUUUGAGUUUACCCGACGUGUUCGAAUUCUAUGUCAGACAUGAAAUGUUAUUGUGGGAAUCCUUCGAGGGACAUUCUAAUUUCAAUGACAUGGAGUGGUUUCGAAUUCUGAGCGGAUUUGACGAUGUGAACUCUGGUGAAAUGC